GAUCUAUACUAUACAGAUUCCAAUUUCCAAAUAACAUUCCUUUGGAAUAUUGGAACAUUGGAACUAUAUCCACUGUGCUAUAACCUCAAACUAUACUCCUCUAAUUCUAAUAAGAAUAAAAAAUUAAUAUAAAAUAUUUUCCAAAUGAAAACAUUUAGAAAUUUUUUAUAGUUUUUCAUCUGUUUUUAAAUAUUGAUUACAAUUCAUAGUGACAUCGAAUUGGCUCAGGAAUGGUCGAGGAAACAUUUUCUGGUAAUAAACCAAAGACGAGAGCAGAGAGGCCUAAGCCAGUUUUCUUAUGGACAGUCGCAGAAGUUCAAAAAUGGCUUCGAAGACACUGUAGUGACUAUUAUCCAUUACAUGGUGAUAAAUUCUUACAUCAUGAGAUCACGGGACGUGUGCUUGUGAGAAUCAAUGACAACACUCUUCUCAGAAUGGGCAUUGACAACCCCGAACAUAGACAGGAAAUUUGGAGAGAAAUAAUGAAACUUCGUUUAAAAACUGACAUUCUAGAAAUCAAAGAUCUAGAACGUAAUGAUUUUUCAUCAUCUAUUCAUUCUAUUAUUGCCUAAGAUACUAAGCCUUCAUAUUUACAAUAUAUUAUUUGGCCCUAAUAUACAAAUAAUUUAUCAAA